CCGCAGACAGCAAAGCCAUCGUGGACGGGAACCUGAAGCUGAUCCUGGGGCUGAUCUGGACGCUCAUCCUGCACUACUCCAUCUCCAUGCCCAUGUGGGACGAGGAGGAUGAGGAGGAGGCCAAGCGCCAGACGCCGAAGCAGCGGCUGCUGGGCUGGAUCCAGAACCGGCUGCCGCAGCUGCCCAUCACCAACUUCAGCAAGGACUGGCAGAGCGGGCGCGCCCUGGGGGCUCUGGUGGACAGCUGUGCCCCGGGGCUGUGUCCCGACUGGGACUCGUGGAACCCGAGCCGCCCCGUGGAGAACGCGCGCGAGGCCAUGCAGCAGGCCGAGGAGUGGCUGGGCAUCCCGCAGGUGAUCACGCCCGAGGAGAUCGUGGACCCCAACGUGGACGAGCACUCGGUCAUGACGUACCUGUCCCAGUUCCCCAAGGCCAAGCUCAAGCCGGGGGCGCCCCUGCGCCCCAAACUCAACCCCAAGAAGGCCCGGGCCUACGGGCCAGGGAUCGAGCCCACCGGGAACGUGGUGCAGCAGCGCGCCGAGUUCACGGUGGAGACGAUCAGCGCGGGGCAGGGGGAGGUGCUGGUCUACGUCGAGGACCCCGACGGGCACCGCGAGGAGGUCGGGGGGGGGUCCUGGGGCAUUUGCGUGGGCCCGGGCGCGGGCCCGGGUGAGGUGGGGGUCUCCAUCGUGGACCCCAGCGGGCGCCGCGGGACCCCCGAGGCGGUGCUGGAGGACCGUGGGUCUGGGGGCUUCCGCUGCUCCUACAAGCCGCAGAGCGAGGGGCUGCACCUGGUGCACGUCACCUUCGGGGGGGUCCCCAUCCCCCGCAGCCCCUUCAGCGUCACCGUGGGCCAGG